AUCUGAGCAUAUCUGAGCUUAGUCCUUUUUACGCUUGAAAACCCGUUGAGUUGCCGUAGGGUCCAAGCGGGUAUAUUUUGGUGAGAAAAAGCAAAGAAAUGCGACAGUAAAAUAUUAUUUCCUGCUACCAUUUUAGGCAGAAGGAAAGGACUGCAUAAAAGAACAACCGUGAACGACCAACGUUGAGACAUGGCAUCCGGGAAACCACAAGAUACGGCGGCCGAGUUGACGGGCAUAGGCGCAGCAUCAGAGACAGAAGUCGGCACUGAUAAGCCCAGUGGUCACGGGAAGAAGUUGGGAGUCGGCGGACAAGUGUACCUUCCGUACCCAAAUAAGCAGGGUAGGGCAGUGGACUUCGGGGUGCGACUUGAUGACAUCAGUGGGAAAUUCGUCCUAUCAGAGACGGUGAAAAAUAGCCGGGCUCGCGACGCAGGAAUUUACGAUGGCAACGUUCUCGUGGAUAUCAACGGUACAAACAUCGAGGGGUUCCAAGUCCAAGAUCUCCUGGACCUUCUCCGUGAAGAUGUAAAGCCCAAGCUGCUUUUGACCGUUAAGCGCCAGUUGGAUGAAGAUAAGCACGUGUUCGUGUGGACUUACUUCGAACUUGUCGUGAAAAAAGAAAACCUACCGCAGGUGUAUAUUCUGUACUUGACUCAGACGGCUGAAGAUGUCAUGCCAUGGAUAAAUCCUGGUCCAAUGGUAACCGAGUAUAGGUGGCUUGGACCACCCGUCCGUGGCUACAAUAUAUAUCUUCAGGGAAACCCAGCACUUUACCUGAGCAUUGAUCAAGGAAAAGUGGAGUUCUCACCGACAUACAACGGGAGUACAAGUUUGUUCUACUUGUAUAACUACGUCGGUCCAGGAACGCCAGCUGACGGCAUUCCGGUCGUGUACUCUCUGCAGGAGUACGAGAAGCCAGUGACCCCCUCUACUACGCCAGCGGCUGUUGAAACAUCUGGUGCCGAUCCCGAGUUAGAUACGAUGGAUUUUCCAAGUUUUAUGUUGGGAAACAACGUUCCACUGAACCCUCGUUUCUGGUACCAAAAGUCGAAUGAUCAGGGUGAAUUUUCUCUUCAGAGCAUCGAGCAAAAAGGUUCGUUUUUGUCAAAGGAUGAUAAAUCGAGUAAUGCUGCUACUCUAUCAACCACACCACAGUAUUUCGUGAUAGUGCGAGCUUAGAAACAGCACUUCCACUGACAAACGAUUGUUAGAUCGUUCCCACCGCCCUUGUCUGAAGGCGAUGGUAUCGGCUAUUUCUUUCAGCUCUCAUUAACUGGAUGAAUUUGGUCGUGUGACCCCGGCCGGGUCAACACCUCACCGCGUGCGCACAGCGCGCGCAUGGACCAUUAAUGAGCAAGUUCGAUCAAGGACCAUUGGUCCGACUUCUGUUUUAGUUGUGACGUAGUUUACGCCUGCGCUCUGAUAGUAAAGUGUGAACGUCUCCAGCAGAUAAAACGUUGGUCAAGACAUCAUCACGACAGCUCUUGGUAUGAGUUUGCAUGUAUAUUUCUUGAUCGAACUUGUCCAGUUGUUUUACCCACAAUGAUAAAUCAGUCACUAUAUAGAGGGCGCCAUUGGAUAUAGCCUUUUUGACAACUUGAAACCGUUGCGACUCAGACCGG